AUGAAGAACAUACCAGCUGAGAUUUGCUAUAUCGUUUGCUCCUUUCUCGAUGUCACAGACAUCCUUCAUUUUCGACUUGUCAGCAAAUUGUUUGCAGACAUCGGCGCUGCGUACAUGUUGCCUGAUGUUUCCUUCAACUUACACCGCGACGAUCUCAACCGCCUAUCUGCCAUAUCCUUGCAUCCUAUCUUAUCCAAGCAUGUCGAAUCACUGACUUACUUCGCCGAGGCCAUCGACUUGCCUAAAGUCUCGUGGAUCGAGUUUGUGCAGAACCACCAGAGCAAGAUGAGGUGGAAUGGCAUGCUGAGGAGACAGAAUAAUAAGACACCCUCUCAGUUAGCGUCGGAGUACAAAAGGUAUAGUGAGGCCGUCGAUGAGCAGCAGAACCUGAUUAAAGGGGAAUGGGACCUAAGAGUGCUCAAAGAGGUUCUCCCCCGCUUCCCAAAUUUGAAGACCCUGCACAUGUCAACGACUGAACCGUUCUACGAGAUGUGCAAUCAUGGCCAGAUGAAGAGGCCCCUUUCCGAGUUUCUCCGAAAAGGUUACGUAGGCAGCGCUCACCCUGAGGGCAAACGCACGCUUGACACCCUCCUUCUGGCCAACGCUCAUGCCCCAUGCGCAAUAACAGCCCUUCACAUAACGAUGGUAUACUGGAAGUUCUUCAAAAGGAGCGAACGAAAGCUUUCUCGGCUGUUUAAACCAUUUGCCAAUCUCACAACCAUCAGGCUCACCAUCAGCAUUGAGCCCCAAGAUGAGAGGCUACUACACGAUGGACUAUCGCUCGGAAGGUGCCAGCGAGUCUUCGCUAAGGGCGCCUUACGAAAGAUCUUGCGGUGUAUGCCGCAACUACGAUUGUUGCAUCUCGAAAUCCGCAAUUUCGAAUACGAACAGCCGGAAAGGGGGGCGCAACUACACGACAUCAUCGAGCCCGGCUUUCACUGGCCGGACUUGGAAGAGAUAAUCCUUUGCGGCAUCGCCGGGGACAGAGUCGAGUUUAUGGACUUGUUUUUGCGACAUAAAGAUAAACUUCGGACGCUCCGCCUUAGCGAUGUGACCCUUGCCUCGACAUCUUGGCGAAAACUUUUACCUGAUAUAAGAAACAGGCUGCAUCUUGACACGGUAUGCAUCUGCGGCAACAUUUACGGUAUUCGUGAGGACGAAGAUGAUCCACCAGGCCCGUUAGAAGGGAUGCCAGGCCUCGAGGUUUGGAGUUUGUCACCGUCCGACAUGGACGUCGAUGAAAUGCGUGACUCCAUCCAUAUGUAUUGUCGGCAAGGUGGUACGAAUUAUCCUGACGAGCUGCCUCUGUGCGGGACUGUAGUAAAUAAGUACUACAAAGACUACGUAAAGCCUUUCACAGUAGGCGAGAAUGGGCAAGACUUCGAUGACGACGAUUUCCACAUCUGUGAUGGCCUGAGGUUUGGUAUAUGGGGAGAGAACGACGAAUUGUGGGAGGACAUUUCGGAUGAGGAGAUCGAUGAUGACGACGUCGGCGCCACUGACGAUGAGCUGAUGGCGCAACAUACCAUGGAACAUAUCAUAUUCGAUAUGAUGAUGGAGGAAAUGCUUGGUAUGCCUGAGUAUUACGAUGAUGACGCUGGCAUGAAUGCUCUGGGAGCUCCUUUGCCAUUUCUCGAUCCAUUCACCUUUGACUCAGAGGUCCCCAACGUAGAAUCGGAUGAUGAGGUACCGGAUCUCGUUUCUUUUGACUUUUGA